AUGGGAACCACAGAUCUGCUCUUCAUCACCAUCAGCCACAAUGUGUCCUUCAUCGGUGCGACCUGGUGGCUGCUGCUGCUUCUCCUCCGGCUGCUGCUCGUCCUUCUCGCUGGUUUCAGCCUCUUCAGCGACGAGCAGGAGCGAUUUGUGUGUAACACCAUCCAGCCCGGCUGCUCCAACCUGUGCUUCGACGCCUUCUCUCCCGUGUCCGUCCUCCGGCUCUGGUUCUUCCACCUGCUCCUCCUCUGUCUGCCUCAUGUGCUGUUUGUGACCCACGUGCUUCACAGGCUGCUGGUGUAUCCUCACCUUGGAGGUUCCUGCAGCGCCGGGUCUGGAGGAGGAGGUUCUCUGGAGAACUCCAGCUCCUCCAGAGAAGUGUCCUUGCACAGAGCUCCUCUCCGGGAACGCUUCUACUGCCCUUACUUCCUCGCGGUGCUUCUGAGGAUCCUCCUGGAGUUGGCGUUCGGAGCAGGCCAGUAUUUCCUCUUCGGCCUCUCGGUUCCAAAGAGCUUCCUCUGCUACGAGGCUCCCUGCACGUCGGGGGUGGAGUGCUACGUCUCCAGACCCACGGAGAAGACCCUGAUGCUGAACCUCAUGCUGGGGGUCUCCUCCGUGUCCGUGCUGCUCAGCGUGGUCGACCUGCUGAGCUCGGUGAGGGCGAUGGUGCGAUGGCGGAGGACGAGGGAGAAGCUGAUGGAGGAGAUGAGUAAAGAGGAGCAGAGCAGCGUGUUCACCACCAGCACCACGGCUGAGGAGGCCGAGGUUCUCCCAACCAGGAGACCAACGGAGGCCAACAAGGAGGAGAAACACGCCGCUGGUGUUUUACCAAACGGUGAACUCCUCUCAACAAAAGCAAAUGGCGGACCACCCUGUAGAACGAGUGUAUCUACCGAUGAGAAGACCCCAGAAAACAAAGACACAAGGGGGGAGAUGCUUCGUCCACCGACUCCCAUGAGCCAUCCUGGGCCAGGUCACUUUGUCUUCCACAGCCACCUGAGACCUCCGCCGUCCCCCCGCCCGGACCCCAGGGGGCCGCCGGGCCUCGGGGGGCCGCCCAUGGGUGUGAAGAAGCUUCAGGGCCGGAGCAGCUCGGCUGAAACGAACUCGAGUCAACAGUCGGACAGCAGCGAGUCUCAGGACAGGAGGGCCUGGGUGUGA